AUGAUUCAAGAGACUUAUAAGAAUGUUACCACCAAGGCCCGAUACACAGUAAGAAUGACAGAUGGGUUUGAGGUUAAGGUUGGCUUGCACCAAGGCUCAGCCCUCAGCCCAAGACUGUUCAAUAUGGUUAUGGAUGUGAUGACAGAGGAAGUGCGUGAAGAGCCACCAUGGUGCAUACUGUAUGCUGAUAUCAUCGUGUUGGUGGCGGAGAUGAAGCAUGAGCUACAGAGGAAGAUGGAAGGAUGGAGAACUACAUUGGAGAGUAAAGGGCUGAAGAUAAACAGGAAAAAUACUGAGUAUUUCACAACGGACACAGAAGGAGAUCAACAGUCAAUGAUACAAAUAGAUGGAUUGAACCUGAAGAGAGUGGACCACUUUAAGUAUUUGGGAGCGAUGUUUGAGGAAGAUGGCAGCAUGGGAAGAGAGAUUAAACAUUGA